GAAUGAAAAAGGUUAUACUUGUGGACAUGAGCCAGAUUCUGUGGAAUUUAGUACACUUGGAGGAUGGAUUUCAACAAGGGCAUCAGGGAUGAAAAAAAAUAAAUAUGGCAAUAUUGAAGAUUUGCUAGUUCACGUUUCGUUUGUCACUCCAAGAGGAAUUAUCCGUAGACAGUGUCAAGUUCCACGAAUAUCCGGUGGACCAGAUUUGCAGCAAAUAAUUCUUGGUUCUGAAGGGAUUUUCGGAGUAGUAACGGAAGCAACAGUGAAAAUUUUCCCGAAACCAGAAAUGAAGAAAUAUGGUUCAUUCUUUUUUCCAACCUUCGAACAGGGUGUAAAUUUCUUUCGCGAAGUUGCAAAGCAGCGCUGUCAAUGUGCAUCAUUACGAUUGGUUGACAAUGAACAAGUCUUGAUGGGACAAGCAUUGAAAACUUACAAUGGCUCAUUAUUAAAAAGUUUAAAGCAUGCUUUGGAAAAUUUAUAUGUCACAAAAUGGAAAAAUUUUAAGCUGAAUGAAAUUGUGGCAGCAACUUGUGUUUAUGAAGGAACAAGAGAAGAAGUUAACAGUGAAGAACGGAAACUUACCACUUUGGCAGAAAGUAUGGAUGGUAUAAGUGGCGGUGCUGAUAACGGGGAGUAUGGUUAUCGGUUAACUUUUGCCAUUGCAUAUCUUAGAGAUUUUGGCAUGCAAUUUUCAAUAAUGGGCGAAUCGUUUGAAACAUCUGUUCCAUGGGAUAAAGUAAUAUUUCUAUGUCGAAAUGUGAAAGAAGCGAUCAGACGAGAAGGAAUAGCAGGUGGUACGAUAUUGCCACCUCUCGCAACCUGUCGGGUAACACAGAUUUAUGAUUCGGGUGCCUGUGUAUACUUUUAUUAUGCAUUCAAUUAUGGUGGCAUACUUAAUCCUCUAUUAUUAUGCGAUCAGAUUGAGAAAAAAGCACGUGAUGAGAUCAUUGCUUGCGGUGGAAGUAUAUCACAUCAUCAUGGCAUCGGCAAAUUGCGGAAGCAUUGGUAUCCUGCUAGUGUUGGUGAUACUGGAUUAUUAGCAAUUAGAGCACUAAAAGAGAAACUUGAUCCUAAGAAUAUCUUUGGAAGUGGAAAUAUAAUCGAUUUUGAAAGGGAAAGAAGCAAAUUGUGA